AUGUCUUCCGAGGACGUGAUCAAACUCGCAAGCUCAGAUGGAGUCGAGAUCACAGUCGAGCGAGUCGUCGCCGAGCGCUCUAUGCUCAUCAAGCAUCUUCUCGAUGACCUUGGCAAGACUGAAGAGGCCGUGCCUAUCCCUAACGUAAACGAGUCCGUUCUCAACAAGGUCAUCGAGUGGUGCGUCCAUCACAAGAACGACCCUCCCAGCACCGACGAGAACGAAAGCGAAAAUAACCGUCGCAAGACCACGGACAUCGACGAGUGGGAUCAAAAAUUCAUGCAAGUCGAUCAGGAAAUGCUUUUUGAAAUCAUCUUGGCUGCCAACUACCUCGACAUCAAGCCACUUCUCGAUGUUGGCUGCAAAACUGUGGCCAACAUGAUCAAGGGCAAGUCACCUGAAGAGAUUCGAAAGACCUUCAACAUCCAGAAUGACUUCACCCCGGAAGAAGAAGAUCAAAUUCGUCGCGAGAAUGAAUGGGCCGAAGAGUGA